AUGGCAUCCCUAAACAGUACAUUACCCCAGGAGGGUACCUCCGGCACUGCCGGGGGAGAAUCCCUCCCCGCGGUCUCGGCCGCGGGCUGCCCCUCGUAUUCUGGGGGGGGCAAGGACUGUCUUCUUACAAAAACAACGACGACCCAGGCACGAAUAAUGGAAACGAUAGCACGAGAUUUGGAUACUGAUAAGACGAGGCGCCCAUCAUUGGACGCCACAAAAACCAAGGAGGUGAAAGUGCUGCUAGAGCGCAUCCCGAUCGCGUCACCUAACACCCCGCGACGGCGUCUACCAGCACUAAGCGACACGUCGGACUCCGACGCGUCGCCCAAAGACAUGGAUAUAGAACCAUCGGAAGUACGCGAAGACCGGCACCCCGGACAAUGGGGGAGUCUUGGCCGAAAGCGGCAUCUAGCCGCCGCAUCAGGCGAUAUAGAGGCGGGUCCCUCGCCCAAAGUGGCAGGAACAAGGAAGGGCCGAGGGCGGCCGCCUACUACAGGAGACUACGUUGGGCUCGCCAAAGCGAAACGGGAGUUGGCAGAGGCCACCCGGCGACAACUCGAGUGGGAAGCGGAGAAGGACGUCGCCGAGCUUACGAUGGGGCUGCGGUCGACCAGAGCGGGGGUCCGACUCUCAGAGACCUCCGCAUCUGAAAUAGAGGACGAGGACGAGCUGGGCUCGGUAGAAUUAGGAGGACAAAUAGAGCUUGGCGCAGCGGCAGUGGCGGCCGUCUGCGACAAAUCGAGUAAUCUUAAAGGGACUUCGAAGAAGGCACUUAAGGAGGCGGUGGCGCAGAUUCGGGCGGCGUCAAAACGCCUGAUGACGCGAAACGUCAACGAGGAGACGAGGCUCCUGCGAGCCGCCAACACCCGCCUACAGGCAGAGAUGGCCGCAUUAAAGAAAGAGGUGGCAGAACUGAAGGCGUGCAUGUCGCAGGCGGGGGCUACACCUAAACCCGCCACAGCGACAUGCUUGCAAUCACCAGAGGAGGAACUGGAGAACCGGAUCCUGAGCAGGCUCUCGGAACGGCUCAACGCUAGAAUAGACGGGCUAGAGCCGCGCCUAAAUCCGGAGCCCCGCUUGCGGCCGGCACUGGCUCACGACAGGCGUGAGGCGGAAGCUAGACUACCACCCCCGGCAAGCCGUCCACGCCACACACCGGCUGAGACCCAGGCAGAACUGCCUGACGAGCGUCGCCCGGAUCCGGUCCAAUCGGGCUGGAUCAAGGUCGGCGCCAAAGGAAAAAAGAAGGCGCCGACCUCUUCUUCAGCGCCGGCCGCCGCCGCUUCUUCUUCUGCCGCAGCCCAACCCGCCCAUCCGGGCCAAAAGGCGAAGACGAAAAAGAAGGCCGCUAAAAAGAAGGGCAAGGCCAAAAACCAAGAGACGGGACGCCCCCUCCCGCCGGCGCCUGCUUCCAUGAAGGAGACCAUGGCGUCGGUGGUUAAGAGGGGCCUCAGAGAAAAGGCGCCGACUACCACCAGAUCGGCGCCCACGACGACGAAGAAGGGGCAGGAGAAGGUCAAGUCCUCGCCUAAGCUGCGGGCCCCCAAGACCUCGGCAGUCGUGGUGACCUUACAUCCCACGGCUGUGGAGAAGGGGGUCACAUACGCCAAGGCUCUGGCGGAGGCGAAACAAAAAGUUAACCUCAAAGAUUUGGAGAUUGAGAGCGUCCGCUUUAAGCGGGCGGCAACUGGGGCGUCCAUCAUUGAAAUCCCCGGUGCCACUAGCGCGCCAAAGGCGGACCUCCUCGCGGAGAGGCUUCGCGAGGUCUUCGGGAACGGAGGCGACAUCACCGUCUCCCGUCCAACGAAAAUGUCGGAGUUGAUUGUAGCGGGACUUGACGAUUCCGUAACUAAGGAAGAGGUGACAGCUGCGGUUGCGGCCAAAGGUGGAUGCGCGGCCAACUGCAUAAAAGUAGGCACACUCCGCCAAGAGAGGUCCGGCCUAUUCGCCGUGUGGGUUUCAUGCCCUGUUGAAGCCGCCAAAAGGGUGGUUGAAGGGAAACUUCUUGUCGGAUGGGUCUCGGCCAGGGUGAAGCUCCUCGAACGUAGGGAGCUGAGGUGCUUCAAGUGCCUUCACGCUGGCCAUGUCAAAGCGCGGUGUACUGCGGAGGUCGACCGGGGGCUUCAAUGCUACCGGUGCGGCCAGCUGGGACACCGCGCCACAGAGUGUCAUGCUGCCCCCCACUGCACACUGUGUGCGGAGGCCGGGAAGGCAGCCAACCAUCGCUUGGGGAGCAAAUUGUGCUCGGCCCCCAAGAAAAGGAUGUUUAGUAGAGUGUUUGUUGCGAGCAGCGCUAGCGUGCAACAGGCACAACCACCACCGAGCGGUGAAGUAGAGAUGGAGACCGAGAACACCACAAAAUGA